AUGAGACGAGGCGGUGGGGGAGGAAGAUUUGGAGGAGGGGGUGGGGGUCGUGGAGGAGGUCGCGGUGGCCGUGACGAUUACCUUGACCCUGAAAGUGAACAGUUCCGUAAAUUAUUUAUUGGUGGAUUAAGUUACGAGACUACAGAAGAUGGUUUAAAAGGACAUUUUGAACAAUGGGGAGAAAUCGUUGAUGUUGUAGUCAUGAAAGAUCCACAAACCAAAAGAUCCCGAGGGUUUGGUUUCGUCACAUUUAAAGAAGCAGCCAUGUUGGACGAGGCCCAGAAGAACAGACCACAUACAAUUGAUGGACGUGAUGUUGAGGCUAAACGAGCCAUGCCUAGAGCUGAAAGUGGCAGAUCAGAAUCUCAAGCGACAGUAAAGAAGAUGUUUAUUGGUGGAAUGAAAGAUGACACGACCGAAGACCAGAUCCGUGAUGUGUUUAGUCCCUACGGAAAGAUAGAAUCCAUUGAUAUUAUUAAAGAUAGAGCCUCACAGAAACCAAAAGGAUUUGCCUUCGUUUUAUUUGAAGAUUAUGAUACUGUUGAUAAAUGUGUUUGUAAGUUGAAAUUUUUGUGGAUUUUUACUUUAGAAGCAUUAGCUAGCACCAUUUGCUGA